CUAGGUGUUCCUCUCUCCACACAAUGGGGUCAACAGGGUUACUUCUACCCCAUCCAGAUAGCUCAGUACGGUCUCAGUCAUUACAGUAAAAAUUUAACAGAGCCCCCUCCUAGGGUCACGACCUACAAGAAUGGCGAGGGUCACGACCUCUCCACCUGGUCAAACCCCGACCCAAACAGCGAACUUAAGACAGUAAAGAGUAAGGAGUUGGAUUCCAACGUUCUGGAGUUUAAAACAACAGGUGAUAUAAGUCCGUCUUCCAGUAGUGCUUGGUCCCAUUCAAUAGAAACCAAGUCAGACUUUGUCAUUGCAUUUGAUCUGAAGUUACUUGGCAACGCAUCCAUAACCAUCGUCGCCGAGUGCGAAGAACAAGGCCGCAUCGUCAGCCUCAUCUACACCACAGACGAUGACGGCUUCGUGAUCGGGAACAAAAAGGUGACGUACGGUCUCGGACCAGUGGCCCAGUGGCGCAAGAUCACGAGAUCCUUGCAAGUGGACUACAGGAAAGCAAUGGCGUCGUUAAGUACUAAAAAAUAUAGAUCAACUCGCAGGUAUAUCCUUCAGAGGUUGAUAAGGAUAGAGCUCAGAGGGCACGGUUUCAUUGACAAUAUCGAGAUUGGAACCUCGCUUCAUAUGUAUCAUUUUUACGAUGCUGCUGAUUGGUUGGUUAACCACCAGGACGAGAGGGGCGGAUGGCCGAUAAUGGUGGAAAGGAUGUUGGACGAUAAGAUGUCAUUAUCACCUGGCUGGUACUCAUCCAUGGCACAGGGACAAGCAAUGUCGGUCCUGGUCAGAGCAUACUUGAAAUCAAGGAGGAGGAAAUAUAUCAAGUCGGCGCUUCACGCGGCCCGCCUUUUUCAAAUACCGUCCGCCCAAGGAGGUGUUCUUGCCAAAUUCAUGGACAAGUAUACGUGGUACGAGGAGUACCCGACCUCGCCGGGGUCGUUCGUAUUGAACGGUUUUAUUUACAGCAUGAUCGGUUUGUAUGACACGCUCAGCGUCGCGGACAUGGAGGAGGGCCGGGAGAGCCGGCGAUUGUACGACGAUGGGAUGGUCUCGCUGAAAGCCAUGCUGCCGCUGUUCGACGUCGGCUCGGGGACGAUAUAUGACCUGCGACAUCUGGCGCUCGGGAAAGCGCCGAAUAUCGCGAGAUGGGAUUAUCAUGCGACGCACAUCAGUCAGCUUCAGCUGCUAGCUUCAAUAGACCCAGAUCCUAUCUUCAAAGAAACAGUAGCUCGGUGGAUUGGGUACACCAAGGGUAAAAGAGCAAGACAUAACUGAUAGCCCUUUUUAUAAAAUGGAGUUCUUAAACUUUAGGUGUCUUUAUGCUUCCAUUUUGAGGACAACAUCGGCAUUUUCAAAUACUGUUUCACAAUGCCGAUCGCAAACGUGGUUCUGGGAGUACGGUUUAUGCUUCCCCAGAAACCCAGAUUCUGGAGAAACAAUGUUUUGAAACACACCUUCAGUAAGUUAACGAUCAGCAUUCUGAAGCGUCCUUUAAAUGAAAAUUAGCAUGAAGGCAACUAUAUUGUGGACUAAUCAUUUAUGAAAACGCUGAUUUUGACCUGAAAAUUGGAAGCAUAAACAUGCCCCUUUAUAUAUUUUCCAAAGAAAAUUGUUAUCUUCUGUUCUGUAAACAGAAAUGGAAUAUCUAACUCCCUGCAGUACUGUUAUGUAUGUCCAAAUUUGAGACAGAAAACACAAAAUUUGAACAGUAUUAAUAGUAAACUUAAUGUACUAUGCUCUAUGGUCACUAAUGUGAACAGUGUUUCUUGUUUAUUAAUUUAUUUUCAACCAAAUUGUCAAAUCUGAUGACUAAUUUGAAUGACAGGCUGGUAAAGUUAUUAUAUUGUCAUUAAUGUACAGAA